AUGUCUCCAGCUCCAUCUCCUUCAUCCCAGCCCCUCCUCUCGGCCCCUCCUCUCGGCACCUCCUCUCGGCCCCUCCUUCCGGCCCCUCCUCACGGCCCCUCCUCACGGCCCCUCCUCUUGGGCCCUCCUCUUGGGCCCUCCUCUCAGCCCCUCCUCUCGGCCCCAGCCCCUCCUCCCGGCCCCUCCUCUAAGCCCCAGCCCCUCCUUCCGGCCCCUCCUCUCAGCCCCAGCCCCUCCUCUCAACCCCAGCCCCUCCUCUCGGCCCCUCCUCUAAGCCCCAGCCCCUCAACCCCAGCCCCUCCUCUCGGCCCCUCCUCUCGGCCCCUCCUCUCAGCCCCAGCCCCUCCUCUCGGCCCCUCCUCUCGGCCCCAGCCCCUCCUCUCGGCCUCAGCUCUCGGCCCCUCCUCUCGGUCCCAGCUCUCGGCCCCUCCUCUCGGCCCCUCCUCUCAGCCCCGGCCCCUCCUCUCAGCCCCAGCCCCAGCUCUCGGCCCCUCCUCUCGGCCCCUCCUCUCAGCCCCAGCCCCUCCUCUCGGCCCCUCCUCCCGGCCCCUCCUCUCGACCCCUCCUCUCGGCCCCAGCUCUCGGCCCCUCCUCUCGGCCCCUCCUCUCAGCCCCAGCCCCUCCUCUCGGCCCCUCCUCCCGGCCCCUCCUCUCGACCCCUCCUCUCGGCCUCAGCUCUCGGCCCCUCCUCUCGGCCCCUCCUCUCGGCCCCUCCUCUCGGCCCCAGCUCUCGGCCCCUCCUCUCGGCCCCUCCUCUCGGCCCCUCCUCUCGGCCCCUCCUCUCGGCCCCUCCUCUCGGCCCCUCCUCUUGGCCCCUCCUCUCGGCCCCUCCUCUCGGCAUCAGCUCUCGGCCCCAGCUGCGCCCUAAGCCGCUGUCAGCUCCGCUCCUGCUGCAGAUCCGUUCUCAUUUGUAGCUCCUGA